AUGUUUGUUCUCUCCUGGAUCCGCUCCUCCGACACUCAGGCAUCCAAUGCCUCCACCACCGCCCCCUCCAUCACCGACAAGAACGCGCCCAGCUCGACCUCCCCUCAAGAACCAGAACCGCAUCAGGACGACUGGGUCUUCUUGCCCUCAGACCAUACGGACCUCAUGUCCGCCUCUGUCUCGGACCUCGACCUCCUCUCGGCCUCCAUGACCCUCUACCGUCCGUCUACACACCCGGCCUCCAGUCGGACACGAACCCUCACUUCCGAAACUCUUUCUCCAUCAGACGUCUGCAGUGAUAGCAACGGUAUUGUUGGGAAGAGCCGGCGCCAGUUGAAGAAGGAGAUGCGACAGCAACAGGCAUUGGAGGAAUUGGAACGGAGGCCACGAUAUGAUCCGACGAUUGCAAAGAUGCGGGAUCUGGAGUUCAAGAUGGCCAAGAUGAAUAAGCUGGGACUGAGAAGCGGUCGGAUCCUGAGCGCCUCAUCCGGAGGCGCCGGUGGACCACAUUCCGGGGCGGGAGUGCGAAGUGCUGCCGCAGGACCGCAGUAA